UCGUGGUUUUAGAUCAGCGGCUGUCUGGCAUUUGUUACUGUCGUUGUCUGACACCUGGGCCCACUCUCACGACCUCCAUCUCCUCUAUUCUCUCUCUUCCCUCCGUUUUAUACACACUCACUUGCCAUCUCUGCACUAACUCAGAAACGCCUCUAUCUCUCUUUCUCUUGCUCUGUUUCUCUACGAACCAGAGCAUGGAGCGCAGUUUCAUCUUCUACCUGCUCUUACUUCUUUGCAUUUUCAGUUUUGCAGAUGCGGGCUCAAUCGGGGUGAACUAUGGAAGGAUAGCGAACAAUCUACCAUCGGCGGUGAAAGUGGUGCAGCUCCUCAAGUCUCAGGGUCUGGGUCGGGUUAAGGUAUUCGACACUGAUCCUGCUGUUCUCAGAGCAUUAUCAGGAUCUGGGAUUAAAGUUACUGUCGACUUACCCAAUGAACUCCUCUACUCUGCUGCCAAACGCAUGUCCUUCGCCUUCUCGUGGGUUCAAAGAAACGUCGUCGCUUACUACCCAUCUACCCAAAUCGAAGCCAUUGCCGUGGGUAACGAAGUUUUCGUUGAUCCGCACAACACUACGAAGUUUCUCAUACCGGCCAUGAAAAAUAUCCACCAAGCUCUGGUUAAGCUUAAUCUUCAUUCCGCCAUUAAAAUCUCUUCACCUAUAGCACUCAGUGCUCUCCAAUCUUCUUACCCAUCAUCAGCCGGAGCAUUCCGACCCGAAUUCAUUGAACCCGUUUUCAAACCCAUGUUGGAUUUCCUUCGGGAAACCGGUUCAUAUCUCAUGGUUAAUGCGUAUCCGUUUUUCGCUUAUGAGUCGAACUCGGAUGUCAUUUCUCUGGACUACGCUUUGUUUAGAGAGAACCCGGGUGUGGUGGAUCCGGGUAAUGGAUUGCGGUAUUUCAACCUUUUUGAUGCUCAAAUCGACGCCGUUUUUGCUGCUAUGUCCGCUUUGAAGUAUGACGACAUCAGGAUGGUUGUGACCGAGACAGGCUGGCCGUCAAAGGGAGACGAGAAUGAAAUAGGUGCUACCAUUCAGAACGCAGCAGCGUACAAUGGCAAUCUUGUCCGUAGGAUUCUCACUGGUGGUGGUACCCCGCUAAGACCCAAGGCAGAUCUGACCGUGUAUCUCUUCGCUCUCUUCAAUGAGGACGAAAAGAACGGCCCCACAUCCGAGAGAAAUUACGGCCUCUUUUACCCCAACGAGCAAAAGGUUUACAAUAUUCCUUUUACUGUGGAGGGCCUCAAGGAUUACAAGGACAGCCGGUCAUCGGUAUCCGGUGGUCAACAGGUGACAACUCCGGUUGUCGGCGGCGUAUCCAAGAGCACUACCGGGAAUACAUGGUGCAUGGCGAAUCAAGACGUCGGAAAAGAAAAGCUGCAGGCAGCACUAGAUUAUGCUUGUGGUGAAGGAGGAGCGGAUUGCCGUUCGAUACAGCCAGGAGCCACGUGUUACGAUCCUAACACAAUCGAGGCCCACGCGUCUUACGCUUUUAACAGUUACUAUCAGAAGAAAGGGCGGGACAUUGGCGCCUGUUAUUUCGGAGGAGCAGCUUACGUCGUCACCCAAGUACCAAAAUAUGGGCAGUGCGAGUUUCCGACAGGAUACUGAAGAAGAGGAAAUGAAGUAAUGGGAUUUUUCCAUUAACAGAAGAGAUUAGGGGAAGAUAGGAGUGGCUGAAUUGAAUUGAAUGUAGCUCUUAAUUUUUAUUUUCUGGGGGGUGUUUUUAGUAAUUAUUUUGGGGGGUGUGAUUGUAUUAAAGUGUAGAGUAGUUGGAGUUAUUUAGAGAAUUAAAUAGACUACUUGAUUUUUCUGUAAUUAUAAAAGUUGAGUCAUAUUUGUGUUUGACUUUCUCAUUUCCAAAUAUAUUUCUAUCCGGUCAAAAUUA